AUGUACACAUUAUCUGCCGGGAUUUGGGAGAAGUUUUUCAAGAAAAAAGACUAUUAUGUGGUUAUUGUUGGACUAGACAACUCUGGGAAAACGACAUUCUUGGAGCAAACUAAAUCUCAUUUCGUGAAAGAUUAUGGUGUUUUGAAUCCGUCGAAAAUCACAGCAACCGUUGGGUUAAAUACCGGAAAGGUUGAGCUGAACAAUACGUGUCUUCACUUCUGGGAUCUCGGCGGACAAGAAAGUUUACGAGAACUUUGGGCUACAUACUACGACGAUGCAAACGCUUUGAUUUUUGUUGUAGAUGCCACAAGAAGUGACUUGUUUCCAACAGUCGCUUCACAAUUCAAAGAAGUUAUGUCAAAUGAAAUUGUACAAAAUCUACCAGUUUUAGUUGCAGUAAACAAAAGUGAAAUGGAAGGAUCAGCAGCUGCUGCGGAGGUUCGGAUGUUGCUGGAAGAUGAUAAUCAUCGGUCUGAUCUGGCUGUGUUACCCGUUUCGGCACUCGAAGGAACUAAUAUCGAAAGAUGUGUUCAUUGGAUUGUUCGUUCAUUAGCCAGUCAACCAUUGUAUCUCUAG